AUGGUAAAAAGGUGCGUCGUAUAUGGCUGCAAUGCCACCCAUAAGGAUGGCGUGUCGCUUCAUAAUUUCCCAAAAUUUGGAAGAUUUCGUCGGCAAUGGGUGAAAUUUGUGAGAACAAAAAGAGCAGACUGGGACCGCGUAGACCCUGGCGAGUCGGCGGUGGUUUGCGCCAAACAUUUUACCACGGAUUGUUUUCGGGACAGCUCUUUGAAAACUUCGUUAGGGUUUUCAAGUGGAUACCAAAAGCAGUAUCUCCUUAAAACUAUAAGUAAUGUUUGGCAGAGUCAUCUUUCUCGUCUCCAAACAAUUAAAGAAACAUCAACAGAGAAGCUUAUUAUUGGUGGUGAUGCGAGAUGUGAUAGUAUGGGGCAUUCUGCUAAAUAUGGUAGCUAUACACUAAUGGAUUUGAAAGAAAACAAGAUAAUUGCAAUGGAAUUAGUUCAGAGUAAUGAAGUAGGUGGGUCAUACCACAUGGAGUUGGAGGGGUUGAAGCGAUGUUUAGCAAAACUGGCUAACUGGAGGAUACAUGUCACUGCAAUUGUUACAGACAGACACAUGCAAAUUCAAAAGUGGUUGGCAGAAUCUUACUAUAUUGAUAUGUUGUAUGAAGAGCUAUACAAUGUAGUUGAAGUCAACAGCAGUGAUUCUGAUGAGAUGAAACCUCCACCAAAUCUAUGCAGUGGAUAUGAAAGACCCGACAAAGAUGAUGCCAUAAAGCAACAUUUUUCUCGAUUUUCUAAAGAUUUGUAA